CUUCUUUUUGCCGUCUUAAAAAAAUACGCUUAUUCUUUCUUUCCUUUCACUUCCCUCUUUAUAUUUCAAAACCAACCAAACCCAUUAACAAACCAUUCUAUAAUAAAUAACCGCCAUUAACACCAUUUCCAGUUCCACCUCCAUUUUCUUCCCUUCAAAUUCAAAAUCCAACCAUAACCAACCCUUACUAAACUUCAAAACCAAGUCAACUUCAAUGUCAUACCAAAAACAACCCGAAUUAAACGGGGCAUACUACGGCCCAUCAAUCCCACCCCAACCCCGAUCCUACAACCGACCCGGCCGCCGUUCCCGUUCCGGUUGCGGUUGUUGUCUCUUCGACUGUUUAUGCGACUGUAUAAUGAGCUGCAUCUGUACAAUCCUCUGCACAAUCUUAGUCAUUCUGGGUUUAGCUGUACUAAUCUUCUGGCUAAUUGUUCGUCCUCACGAAGUUAAAUUCUACGCAUCGAAUGCAUCCCUAACCACUUUCAAUCUCACCCAAAACGACAAUCUCAACUACAAUCUUGCUGUUAAUUUCUCAAUCAGAAACCCUAAUAAACACAUCGGUGUAUACUACGAUAAAAUCGAAGCAAACGCGAUUUAUGCUGGGCAAAGAUUUAGUACCAUUGAUGGGCCGGUGUUCUACCAGGGGAAGAAGAAUACCACUGAUUUCGGACCUAUUGUAUUUAAAGGUAAUCAUCUUGUUAAUCUUGGUAGUGGGGAUAAGGAUGAUUUUAAUAAGCAGAAUAAUAAUGGGGUUUUUGAAAUUCAAAUUAAAAUGUAUUUAAGGGUUAGAUUUAAGCUUGGAUUGUUCAAAACUGGUACAUGGAAACCUAAGAUUAAGUGUGAUUUAGAAGUUCCUAUUGUGGGAAAAUCUUCUAGUAAUCAGGGUUUUGAGAGGACUAGAUGUCAUUAUGAUCUUUGAUUUUGAUUGGGUUUUGGGGAUUUUUGUGUUCUUGGAUGUAUCUUGUAUUUUAGUCAUGGAUAUUGGAUGGUAAUAUUUGAUCUUUGAGAGGAGUAUUAUUUAAUUAAUUACUUGUAUUUAGAGUGAUUUUUAGAGAUGGAUAGUUGUAUUUUGGUGAUGUUUAUAUGAAUAAAAGGAAUUCGUGGGAUUA